UGGACUGGAGGGGCAGCUUGGAAGAGCGUUUGGGCUGCAGCUGCGCAGUUGUCAUCGGAGCCCAGUACACUGCUUUGCCCGGGGCCCAUAAUGCUGUUAAGACGGCCCUGAGCUUGGUCAGCCCUUGUUGCCUCCACAGAGUGCUGGAAUGUGGAUCGCCCCCUCCUUCCAGAGCAAUGGAAGGGGCUGCAGUGGAGAUGACUCAGAGGCUGGUGACCUUUGAAGAUGUGGCCGUGUAUUUCACCGUGAGACAAGGGGCUCUGCUGGACCCGCACCAAAUAGCCUUGUACAAGGAAGUCAUGAUGGAGAAUUAUAGGAACGUGAUGUCGUUGGGAUUUCCAAUCGCAAAGCCUGACCUCAUCUCCCAGAUGGAACAAGGAGAAGAGCCCUGGGUGCCUGAUGAAAAGGAGCUCGGCCACAACUCAGGGGACCUAACAGAAAAGGAGUUGUGCCCACAGUGUGGGAAAGAUGUUGUCGUCGUGCAACAGCGAGUCCUUAUGGGGAAGAAAUAUUGUCGGUGCUUGGCGUGUAGAAAAUUUUUUGCUCACCAGCUGGACUUUGUGACCCAGCAAGGAAUCCAUGUUGGUGAGAGGACCUAUAAAUGUCUGGAAUGUGGAGACUGUUUUGAACAGCAUGGUGCCUUUGUGAGCCACUGGAGAGUCCACACAGGAGAGGAACCUUAUGAAUGCCUGGAGUGUGGGAAAUGUUUUCCUCGGCCUUCAGCCCUGGUGAAACAUUGUCGUGUCCACACAGCAGAGAGACCCCACGCAUGUUUGGAGUGUGGGAAGUGCUUUGCGCAACAGUCCUAUCUUCUUACUCAUCAGAAAAUCCACACAAGAGAAAAACCCCACAAAUGCCUGCAGUGUGGGGAAUGUUUUCCUGACAACCCGGCCUUUGUGAGGCACCAGCGAGUUCACACAGGGCGGAAGCCUUACAAAUGCUCUGAAUGUGGGAAGUGUUUUGCUGAUAGAUCGCAUGUGGUGACUCACCUGAGAAUCCACAAAGGAGCAAACCCUUAUAAAUGCUCAGAGUGUGGGGAAUCUUUUGACCAACACUCUGCCCUCGUCAGCCACUGGAUGUUCCAUACAGGAGAACAACCUUAUGAGUGUCUGGAGUGUGGGAAGUGUUUUCCUCGGCCCUCAGCUCUUGUGAAGCAUUGCAGAGUCCACACAGCUGAGAAGCCUUUCACGUGCUUGGAGUGUGGGAAAUUUUUUGCCCAGCAGUCAGGUCUGGUAAAACACCAGCGGGUCCAUACAGGAGAAAAACCUUACGCGUGCUUGGCAUGUGGAAAAUGUUUUGCUGACAGCUCGUCUCUUGCAAGGCACAAAAGGGUUCACACGGGAGAGAAGCCCUAUAAAUGCUCAGAAUGCGGGAAGUGUUUUUCGGACAGGUCAAAUGUUUUGGCUCAUAUGCGAGUCCAUACAGGAGAGAAACCUUACAAGUGUUUAGAGUGUGGGAAAUGUUUUUCCCAUCGAUCACACAUCGUGAAACACCAGAAAUUUCACAUGAAAGAGAAACUCUCAAAAUAUCAGCAGCCCUUGGGGGUAGCCACAUCUGAAUUACCUCUUCUUAGAAAUGUCAAAGAAGAAGUGCUCUAAGCUCUAGGAAAAGACAUCCCCCCCCCCCCUUAACAAGUGCUUUGCUGCAAAUUAUCAGUCUGUUGUGCAAUAUAGAAAAUGACAACAGUCCAUGUAGCACUAAAUUCAUGCUUCAGGUGACCAAGUAUUGUAGCAAAACUAUCCAGAUUUCAUUGCACUUAAUUACCCACUUUCUAAGGCCCAGUUCAGGCAUUUUGAAGGACUUGAGGCCAUCACUGACCUGCAUCCCCUUCCCUUGUUUCCCUGUAAUAUCUUGUGGUUGGGGGAAACUCUUGACAUUAUGGCAUCUGGCCUGUCGUUACCCCUAACGACAGGCCACCAUUGAAGUGGAGAAUGAAGUGAGAAAGGGGUUGCUGAGAAUAGGGACUCAGUAUAUUCUGAUGUAGACUUUAUUCAGGGAACUGUAAGGAGGAGAUGCCUGCCAGUAACAGCAACAAGUCCCUCAUAAUUUCUCUUUUGUGUCUUAAUAUUGCUGAGAACUAAUGUAGGGUUUGACUUUGUCAGUCUUCUGUUUUGUCCAGUGGAGGGGGGAUGUAUAUUGUGUGGGCAGAGAAGAUUGGUGAGGUGUAAUAUUUUUAACUUGCUAAAUGGAGUGGGGUAGUUUUCGUUGCCACAAGAAUGUGUAAGAUAUAUGUGUGCCCUGUACAUAGGAACAUAUGAAGAGCCCUGCUGGAUCAGACCAGUGGUCCAUCUAGUCCAGCACCCUCUUUCACACAGUGGUCAAUCAUUUCCUCUGGAAGGCCAACAACAGGGCAUAGAGGCUGAGGCCUUCCUGUGAUGUUGCCUCUUGGCUCUGGGAUCCUGAAUGUGGAGGUUCCCUUCAGUCACCAUGGCAGUAGCCACAGGUAGACAUCUAUGAACCUAUAUAAUCCCCUUUUAAAGCCAGUUUGGUGUAGUGGUUAAGUGCGCAGACUAAUCUGGGAGAACCGGGUUCAAUUCCCCAUACCUCCACAUACAUUUGCUGAGUGACCUUGGGUCAGUCACAGUUCAUGAAAGAGCUGCUCUCUCAAGAGUAGUUCUCUCAGAAUGCUCUCAGUCCCAUCUCUACCUCACAGGGUGUCUGUUGUGGGGAGAGGGAGGGAAGGAGAUUGUAAGCUGUUCUGAAACUCCAAGUGAAGGGCAGGAUAUAAAUCCAAUUUCCUCUUCUUUUUUCUGUUUAUGUCUGUGGCCAUCACUACAUCCUCUGACAGUGAAUGCCACGUUUUAGUCACUCUAUUUAUAAAGUAGCAUUUCUUUUUGUCCAUCCUGUAUCUACUGCCCAUCAUCUUCACUGGAUGCCCUCAAGUUCUAGUAUUUUGAAAGAGGAAGAAAAAUUUCUCUUUAUCAACUUUCGCCAUCCCAUGCAUAAUUUUAUAAAUCUGUUAUCAUGUCCCUCCUUAGUCAUCCCUUUUUAAAACUGAAAAGUCCUUAAAUUCUUUAGUCUUUACUCAUAGGGAAGGUGUUCCAAACCCCUAAUCAUCUUCUGUCCUUUUUGAGAUACUGUGACCAGAACUGUACACAAUAUUCCCAAUGAGACCACAUCAUAGAUUCGUACAGAGGCAUUAUAAUAUCUGCCAUUUUAUUUUCUGAUAAUCCCUAAUAUAGAGAUUGCCUUUUUCAUUGCUGUAGCACACUGGGUUGAUACUUCCAUUGAGCUGUCCACUAUGACCCCAAGAUUUUCACCCCUCUCAGUCUCAGCAAGUUAGUUUAUAUUGAAGUCGGGAUUUUUUGUCCCAGUGUGUGCCGCCUUACAAUAUGUUGAUGACUUCAGUUGAUGAGCUAAUUGUCUGGCUCCAUUGCAAGAAAGGUGAACCUUCUUCAUCCAACAUUGACUUUAAUCCACUUAGAAGGGUGGAACUCUUGUUUGGAUAGCACUGUAUGCACUGCAGUGGCAUGAAACAGGGAAACUCACUCCCAUCAAGUUUAUCAGUCAGGGUCCCCAACAUUUUUGAGCCUGGGGACACCACUGGUGGUGGGUGCAACCACAAAAUGGUUUUCCCAGGAAGUGGAGCUAACAAAAGAUGUCAUUGAGUGGGGUCAUGCAUAACUCUUAAUGGUAACUCCUCUGACAGAAGCUCUGUUUAACAGAAUGCCUUUUAAAAUGAACAUAUUGUUUAAAAAAUAUUUUCUUGCAUGCACAUAUCUUGCCUUCAGCCACACAGUGAAGAUCCUGGUGCUGCGAUGGCAGCUGCCACUGAAGCAACUUUAAAAAAAAAUCUGGACAGCCAAUCAGAAGCCCUGCAAAAGCCCCUCUUGGCCCUGCCCAGUUUCUAAAAACACGUGGCAGGCACCAAGGCGCCUUUGGACACCACACUGGGGAAUCACCUUAGAAAUACUUGGUUUUGCUCAUCUGGAAGCAUUCCUUACUCAUAGUGAGUGACUAGCUAUUUACAAGCCUGAUUUGAAUCAGAUCGAUUUAACAUCCUGUACUUCUGUGUGGCUUCCCUCCCCGGAUUAUUGCUAUACUAGAUUUACUGUCAUUUAAUUGUGGGUGGGGAGGGGUUUAGUUUUCUUAUACAUUUGACUUUAUAUGUCUUGCUUUUAGUUUUGCACUGAAAAAAGCUAAAUCUCCUCUGCUGCCUCUUCUGCUUUAUUUACCUCUGUAUUUUGUGCUUUUGCUGCAAAUCAAAUGGCUCAAAGCUUUGGAUUUGUUUUCUACCUUACUGCCGCCUUUGUCAGCUCUGUUCUUGGUCAAAAUUAAAUACUGCUAAGCAAUCCUCAA